AUACGUACGCGAGUGUAUCCGUUAAAAUGGGUCGCACAAAGAAAUUUGAUGAGUACAAAUAUAUUUCUUACGAUCAAACAAAAAAUGUAUCAGUAUGUUUGCUCUGUGGAAAAGCAUUAAGUGGGAAAAGUACUAGCAAUAUAAAACGCCAUUAUCUGACAGUACAUGGACAACAAUUUCCAUGCAAUGAUAGCAAUAGCAACUCUUCCGAUGUAAAUUUGCCAAACAACACCGCCACUACUGCCAUAGCGAGAAAAGAGCCAAGUAACCGGAUUACGAUAUCAAUGAAUAAACCCGAUUUUAUUACGAGCUGCGUCGGAUUGGUGACCGUAAAAAAAUUACCAUUCGGCAUUUUCGAUGAUGAGCAGUAUUUUAAAAAGAUACUGCGCCCUUAUGAGGAGCAUUUCAAAAUGAAAGUUGAUUCAAAAAAUAUAGCAGAUGAAGUGAAUAAUUUGGGCAGUAAAAUAAAACAAAAUAUAGCACAGGCAGUCUACAAGAAAAUGAUAAGCUUGAAGUUUGACUUUGCGAGCCGUAUGGAACAAAAUAUUCUCGUAGUGCAUAUCCAGUGUAUGGCGGAUACUAAGUUGGUUACCAGCACUAUUGGUGUAAUCCCAUUGCAUCAUGAGCACACAUCGAAUUAUCUGUGUGAAGAAAUAAUUAAUUGUUUGACGGAGUUCAAUAUUGAUACGUCGCAAGUAUACGCGUGUGUGUCAGAUAAUGGAGCGAAUGUGAAAUCGGGCACAAAUUCGUUCUCCGAUAAGGCGGGAGAAAUGUACAUGCAGUCGGGCGAAGAGUCAAAUAGUGAUGAUGAGUAUUAUUUGGAAAUUCAUUCGGCACUCGCAUCCGGUUUUGAGACUACAAGGUGCUUUGCGCAUACCAUACAACUUGCUGCACAAGACGUUUUGGAGACGAUUGAACCGCAAAUUGAUGAGUGCAGACAGAUAAUUGAAUUUCUUCGCAAAACUCAAUCAGGUUUACAGAUUCCAAUAUUGGACUGUGAGUCGAGCUGGAGUUCGACUUUCGAAAUGAUAAAAAGUUUGCAUAACCUGAAAGAUUUUAUAGAAAACAUUACCGACGCGCAUGUUCCUGAUAUAGAUUGGCAUUUUCUCGACACAUUCCUGGAAGCAUUUAAACCUUUACGCGAUCGUUCGAACAAACUACAUAGCGAGCAAUAUAUAGUUGGCGAUUUUUAUAGAGACCUAAUGUGUUGUGAAUUGGAUUUGGACGAACUUGUGCAGAAGGGCAAUUUCUAUGCUCAACUGCUAGUUGAAGCAUUAAAGACUAAAAAAGAAAACAUCGUAAAAAACGAAGCUUUUCUAGCAGCGCUUUAUGUGGAUCCGCGUUUUAAUUUCCUUGGCACGCCGUUUUUACCUGAAGAUAAAAAAGAAAUUGCAGUGAAACAUCUGCUCAAAACUUAUGAUACAAUUAAGAGUUUUGCAACAAAUGUGGAUGAUAAGAGUAGCAUAUUUCCAACAGCAUCCACAUUGAGUACCGACACAACAGACCCCUAUUUAAAAUUGGAACGAAAGAUGAGUCUACUUAUUGAGCAAAGACACAAACCAGAAUUAACGAUGGAAGAAAAACUGGCAAAUUUGUGCAUCGUCGAACGCCUGCCUUUUGAUUCGAACAUUUUGGAAUACUGGCGUAGCAAAAAACACAGAGACUUGGAGUUGGGGAAGCUAGUUGACGUGGCUUUGGCGAUUCCAACAACGCAAUAUUCGGCGGGCAGAGCACUCAACGCCCUCUCAUUGGUUUCAGUCAAAAGGCAACCCAGUUUAUCCAAAGACACACUGAAGAAUUUAUUGCUUAUUAACCUUAAUAAAACUUUAGUAUAAAAAUUAGUAUAAAAUAAUAAUUGGCGGCCUCCGUAGCCGAAUGGGUUGG